AGAGAGAGAGAGAGAGAGAUACAGAGAGACAGAAAGGGAGAGAGAGAGUGAAGAUGGACGGAGUGGGAUCGUUCGGAGCGGGCCGGACCGGGUCCACUAUCGACCCGAUUAGCUUCGCCAAACAGCCGCAGACCAUCCUCAGAGUGCUUUCCUGGAUAUUUUCCCUGGUGGUCUUCGCCUCCAUCGUGAACGAGGGCUAUGUCAAUAUGGGCAGCGAGCGUCUCCACUGCAUCUUCAAUAAGAACGCAGACGCCUGCAACUACGGCGUGUUCGUGGGCCUGGUGGGGCUGCUGGCCUGCUCCUUCUUCUUCUUGCUCGACUACAAGUUCGCCUCCAUCAGCUCCGUCAAGGACAGGAAGAAGGCCAUCAUGGUUGAGAUCGGGUUCUCAGGUUUCUGGGCCUUCCUGUACUUUGUAAGUUUUUGCUUCUUGGCCAAUCAGUGGUCUCAAACCAUGGCUGACGAGCUGCCACUCAACCAGGGGGCGGACGCAGCCCGGGCGGCCAUCGCCUUCUCCUUCUUCUCCAUAAUCACCUGGGCCGGUCUCACAGUCCGUGCAGUCCAGAAGUAUCUGCUCGGCACAGACAUGACUCUGUUCACCACGGAGCACAUGGACGGCGGCGCCCCCACCCAGCCGUACCCCUCCAACUCACCGGUGGGCGAAACCACCGAGACCUCAGAGACCUACCAGAGCCCGCCGUUCACCGAGAACAACGCAGCGCCCACAUACCAGGUUCCCAUUUACUAGAUAAGGAAGACCUGAUGGAGGAAUAGUAGGUUCAGGGGUGAGGGAUACGAAGAAAGUGAUAUUAAAUUAGCUUUCUGUGAUGUUACACCUGCGGCUGUGUAUGUGUUUAUCUGGGCUGAGUUUUUCAGUAAUUGUUGGAGAAAAAGAAAAUGGCCUUUCCUCCUUUGUUCCUUCUUCUUGCUCACUUUUCUUUCCUUUCCUUAAACACAUUCCAGCUUUAUCUGAAGUCUUUUUGAAGUGUGUGUUAAACUUUGCAAAUCAGAGCAAGUGAGAUGAAAAGAAAUCAACAGGAGGGAAUGUAGAAGAGGAGGCCACUUUGCAGUAUCGAAACACUAUUUUGACCAAGAGAUGAAGGGAUCAACAAGUGAGUGACUCCACCACAAAGCAGUAUUAGAUUAAAACAAUGUGCAGAAACACUCACAUAGCACCUUCAUCCUUUUGUUUUCAUCCAAAUCCUUUUUUUUAAAAGCUACAGUACGGUCUGGUCUUUCCUUCAUCUUUCCCCGCUGCAGUUAACAGUAACCCUGUGUGUUCAAUCUGCAUGUAUCUUAAAUUAGAAAUCAACUAAGUGCCAUACUGUACUGUGUGUCUCAGACAGUGACUUAAUUUAGUAGAUUUCCACAUGCUGUAAAAAAACAACAACGAUGUUUUGUGACUAAGUGCAAUAUCUCACAUCUUAUCUGUAGGUAGGUAUAUACUGUACUGUAGGUAGGCUAGUUACGUCAGAUUAGACCAAUGAUAGGCACUGUCUCCAAUUACAUACUGGUACUUGAAUUGUACAAAAACAUGCAAAAUACCAACAAAUGCGGUAAAAAAUCCCCCAUAAAGACACACAAAAGGACCGCAAAGAGGUUUAAAACAAAGACGACACACAAAACAACUGAAAAAACUACAUAGAAACAACCAUACAAAUAAACAAAAUAACUACAAAGAGUUGGAAAACUACCACAAGACGACAGAGACAUAAAACAACUACAAAGAUCUCCCAUGGUACCAGGGAAUGUGUGUGGUUUGAGACAGUGUCCUAUGUUGGGUGUUGAGUGUGUAUAAAUCAGGGCGAGUUGGGGGGAUUCUGGGUAAGUCAGGUCUGUUUAUGUUUACGUUUUAGAAGCUGCCAAACUGCCCCAUGUCGUUAAUGUCUAUAGGAGUGUAUGUAAUCACAGAGCAGGAUGGGCUUUUAUGUUGGUGAGGUUCAGUCAGUGCAGUCUCAGGCUAAAAGAAAAAAGUGUGUGUGUGGGAGGUUAAGGAUCGCUAGUUGGCUAAUUUACUGAUCCUGCCAUUGACGAAAGAGGGAGGGUCUGGAUUUGUUGCCAUGGUGACAGGGUUGGGUGGACGUUGGGCCCUGAUGUAGAUAGUAACCAUGCCAACCAUGUCGGUGUGUGUGUGUCUGUGUCGUUGUUCACUCGCCAAUCUGUAGUCCUGGUGUGUGUGUGUGUGUGUGUGUGUGUGUGGCGUGCAUCCACGUGCAACAACAUGUUGUGUGGUGUGUGUGUGACAAAUGUGUGAGUGUGUGAGGUUAAUUCGAUUUUGUGGUGCAGAAAAAGUUAUUUUCUUGAACAUGUGUGUGUCAAAGUUUUAGUGCAGAGGAGGAAACCAUAAGUCUGUUACACACAUGUAAUCAUUUCCCCAAAAUAAAGGUAGUCCUUCUGCUAAAUAGAUAUAUUAUCAGUGUCACUGUCAAGGUGUGUGAGUUACAAAGUGUGUGUGUUUUUUUAUUUGAUGAAAAGAGCCAAAUAUAAAACGAUAUGAUGUAAUUGACCUGUAGAGCGCACAACUGGGGUUUGCAGUUAUAAUCAUGAUUCUAAUGCAUGAAGUUGUUGUAUAGAUCUCAUUAUAUAUUGAAUACUAUGUCAUUCUUAGGUUGGUUUGCAAAAGUGAGAAUCGCCUGCCUUCAGUGCAGCCGGCAGGAUUCCUUUUUUGUGUUAAAAUAAUCACAGUUUAAUGUCGAAUUGUGACAAAAAAGCUCUUUGUUUAUUCAGUGACGCUAUGUAAACCUCAUGAUGUCGUUGGUCACACGUACACUUUGUGUUCGCGCAUCGCAAAGCUCCGGGGUGAAACUGUACUAGAAUACUGACUGAAACUCACAUUUCCUGCAGCCGUGAACCUAACUUAGUAGGGCAACAAACGACUCAAAGUUCAGGCUCUGUUUUCUACAUGUAAUCCAAAUAAGUGUACACUCGUAGAAAAGGCUACGCUACACAAACGUGUGCCAACAAAGAACGGGCUCUGUGUUACAGAUUAAGCCCCAACAAAUGUGUAUCUGAAUAAAAAGGGUUAUCGACAAAAUAAAUGAUAAUCAAAUAUUUUAAAGUAACGAUGCAGAUUUCAGAUGUGGUCUUAAGGAAAAUUGAUGAGGCAAAUAUGUGUUUGUUUGAGGUAAUAAGGAUUUAAUAAUUGGUAAUUAAGAUUGACCUGUGAGCACGACCAGACUGUGUCAGCAAAAAAUGUCCUUUUCGGAUAGGUGUUCUGGAAAGGGUGCAAAUUAAAGUCUUAUCCUUUUAUCUUCAAUUUGUGUCAAUAUUAGAACCAAUUACUCCCUGAAGUUUUUAGAAGAACACGUAGUUAAGCGAGUACACGUUAUAAAUGAAAAUACAUAAGUUAAGAACACAUUCCUUUUAUAUUGUUUUAGGAAAUGGUGCAACAUCGAAGUUUCCUACAAUGUGUGUCAACAUUACAACUCCCUUUUUAAACAGCUAUUAGCCUUGUUUUUUUUUUCUUCAAAUAUACGCUUAAUAGCUGCUUGAACUUCAAAAUAAUUAAACUCGGACAAAACAUUAAAGUUAUAAUCCUUCAAGCAUGAACAUAUAUGCUAAUAAACGAUGAAAAAACGCUGGUACAGUUCUUUAAAUCUUCCGUAUAACCUGUUGACUGUGGUCAGGUGAGACUGGUGGUUUCAGGUAACACUAUUUCGUAGUUUGGGGUACUGUCAGGUCAGGAUGUGAUAUUCUUCUCAGUGCUUUAGUCUCUUCAGUCAGUGUGUUAGAUAAAAAAAUAACGGCAGCAUUCUCUAUGUUUUGUGCUCUGGCCCAUGUACACUACCGUGGUAUUGGUUGAUUGUAAAAUUCAGUACGUUAUUGAAGUAAAUGGAACCUGUGUGUGACGCUGUCUAGGGUAUGGCUUUUCCUGUACUACUAAAAAAAAUCUAAUAACAAUAUUAAUGAUUAUUUAUGAACUAGAAGGUUUGUUCUUUGUUGGAAAUACUUUGUUUGACCACUCUUGAAAACGCCAAAAUCAGAGUUUUAAAUGCUGUCGUUUCUGUUGGACUGAGGUUUUAAAAAGGUGAUGAUCUGUAGUAACGCGGGUGCCAUCAGUUGUGUUGUUUCCAGUAUAAUUCAUUGCAUGGAUGUUACAAUAUCUCCCCCCCCCACCACCAUUGAUCAACAGAUAAG